AUGAACCUACCAAGUGUACGUAUAAUCAUUGUGGCACAGGAAAACAACUUGGACCGUGAACCCCUGGACCGAAGACUGACCUGGAGUAAGCACAUGCAAAAGGCAGAGGGAAAGGAUAUCCGAAGACUGUUUUUAAUGAAGAAACUGGCAGGCACUACCUGGGGAGCUAACAGCCACAUUCUCAAGACACUCUACACUGGAUCAGUCCGCCCCGUAAUGGAGUAUGGAAUAUCAGCACUGGCUACAGCUUUCAAAUCAAACACCAACAAAUUGUUCAGGAUACAAAGGAGAGGCCCACACAUUAUCACCGCAGGUAUGAAGACAACACCCAUCAAUGAGAUGGAAAAGGUGACGGGCAUAAAACCUCUCACAGAGAGAAGAAAGGAACAGGUUCUGAUUCACUCGGAAAAGUUGAAGCGACUGCCUUCUCACCCAGCCUGCGAAAGAAUCACACAGCCAACAAAGAACAGGUUAAACAGACAAAGUUUCAACCAUAUCCUAAAGGCAUUCAGCAGUCAGCACAAGGACAUCAUCACAAAUAUCCCAACCGAAAUAGAACACCUGACUGACACAGACAACAUGAAUAGCUGCCUGACAGACAUCCGUAUCUCCACAACAAUCCCAGACAUAGACAGAAAAGAACACCUGUCUCCCCAACAACAAAAGGCCCUAACGCAAGAGAUGCUUGACAAGGAAUACAACACAACUCAGUGGAUACAUGUCUACACGGACGGCUCUGCCGAUCAGGCAAUCAAAAAUGGUGGCAGCGGAAUAUAUCUACAACAUAUAUCCAGAUCCCUGCCUACUGGAAAGCUCUCCACCAACUACAGAGCUGAACAGAUUGCCCUAGUGGAAGCUGUCAACAUCUGUAGUGCCCUAGCAGAACUCGACACACAUCUCGUCUUCCUGAUUGCAGGUCUGUACUGGAAACUGUCAUGUUACCAGCAAAAACCAACACAAGUGGCACACUACAGAGAGCACUCUCCGAGCUCUCACAGACAAGAACCAUAG